AUGUGGCGGGAUCGAACGAAUCUUUAUAUCUCCUACCGCCAGUCGUUCACGCACCAUCCAGCGAAGAAACCGCGUUAUCUCGGGGCCGUUAAUGGCUUCUCCGAUAUCCCAUCACAGUCUGAGGAAAGCCGGAGGCUAAUCUCAGAGUCUUCUGGGAUCGACGACGAUGGCGAUGCAAUUAUCGAGAUGGACGUGCUCCCGCCGCGAUGGGUUGAUGUGCAAGAAGAAGUAACGGAGUUGCUCGCGGAUAUUGCUCAGAAGUCUGCCCAUCUCGAUAAGCUACAUCAUAAGCACCUUCUACCAGGAUUCGGAGAUGAGGACAUAAGGAAACAAGAUGAACGUGUAAUAGAGCGCUUCACACAGGAGAUUACUCGCGCCUUUCAUGAUUGUCAGAAACUUGUCCAGAAGAUCGAGUUAAUGGUUCGCGAGGCGAAACAACAGGGGGGUGUAAGCAGUGGCGACGAAACCAUGGCGAAAAAUAUCCAAAUAUCUCUGGCAUCGAGAGUACAAGAGGCUAGUGCCCGUUUUAGGAAGAAGCAAAGCAUAUAUCUUAAAAAACUACGAGGUCUAGAGGACUCAGCGUCGCAAUUCGAUCGCUCCCCUACACCGGUGCAAAAUCCCUAUACAGACCCCUCGCUAAUGGAGUCUGAUGCGGACAAAUCGUUUUCGCAAUCCACCCUGAUGCAAACCUCUCAGCGAAUGAUCGGGCAAAACGAUGCCGCCAUCUUACAGCGUGAGCGAGAAAUUAACGACAUUGCCAAAGGAAUCAUUGAGUUGUCCGAUAUCUUCCGCGAGUUACAGACAAUGGUCAUCGAUCAGGGUACUAUGCUCGAUCGAAUAGACUACAACGUAGAGCGAAUGGGAACGGAUGUUCAAGCUGCUGAAAAAGAGCUAAAAGUGGCAACCAACUACCAGCGGCGCACCACGAAACGCAAGAUUAUUAUGCUUUUGAUCCUCCUAGUCGCAGGAAUGAUCAUUUUGUUACUUGUCAAGCCAAAAAGGCAUCCUUCUCCAGAACCUACCGCCCCUUCACCUCCUUCACCUCCUUCACAACAAGAAAAUCAACCACCCACCAUCAACCCGCGCAUGUUUGACACCGUCUUCCGCCGAAGUAGACCACCGUCAUUGGCUCCAGUCGCGAGCAGGAAAUAUGUUGGUCCUGAUAUAUAUCGAUAG